CGUUAUGUUAUACACACAUACAUACAUACAGUACAUACACACUGUGUGUGUGUGUAAUACAGGGUUUCAAAAAACACUUAACACAUAAACACUUAUACUACAUUCACCAGAUUUCAAGAUAACCACAACAACAGCACAUCCGAUAGACUACGGACUACGACAAUAUUUCUUCAUUCAUUCAGUCAUUCACAGCAACAACUUCUUCUUCAUCAGUCAGUCAGUCAUCUGAUCCACAGAGAAAACAAAAGUCUGUCCGCGCGCGCGACAUCUCUCUCUCUCUCUCUCUCCCGAAAACAACAGUUCCCGAAGAAGUCAUGGACGACGAAAGUCUUCGACACAAUGUUGUAAUGCUUUUGCUGGACAUACUGACCGCCAGCGGCGAACAGCCGGUAACACUGAAAGAGUUGGUCAGCAAAUUGGGUCUCUAUAGCGAAUAUAGUACUGUCAGCCGUGGCCUCAGACGUAUUACUGGACGCGGCGUCGACGGUCUUCCCGGUAUUUUAGUCUUCUUAUGGCAAUAUCCAUCCAUUUUUACGGUCGCAUCGGGUAUGGUAUCGAUGACGGCUGCCAGCGAUCUGUACGCCGACAGCGACGCUGAUGAUGACCGCCGAUCACAUCAGCGCAUAGCUGUGGCCAUUGAUUUCUAUGAGUUUCAAUUGCGUCGAUUGGGCGCCUAUUUGGUACCAUUGCAACGUCUCUACGAUAUGCGCUCGCAGGCGGCCAACGCUGUCCGCUCCGUUUGUGCCCAAUCACUGGAUCAGUUGACCGAAUUUCUGAGGUCACAUUCGGAUCGAUUUUCCAUUACCGAAGACGGUUGUGUAGCACUCAGCGAACAUCUGAAACGUGCGGCCAUUAAUGGUCAUACUAUCACACGUAUUGAUGCACCCAUUGAACUGGACACCGAAGUCUACCGAAACACUCGUAUUAUUGUCAACACAUAUCACGGCAAACAGAUUGUCGACCAGAUAUUUUCAAUGGCCGAUGUAGUUACCGUUGACUUAGAGGGUGUUAACUUGGGCUCUGUUCGCGGAACUGUUACACUAAUUCAAUUGGCUUAUCUGCCCAAACAUCUGAUGACUGCCGCAACCGCUGUCGACCUGAACAAUGGUGGCGACAGUAGUGGUAUCGGUGGUAAAGUUUAUCCGCAAAUCUUCAUAUUCGAUGUCUGGUCUAAUCCUAAUUUAGUCGACUAUUGUCUAAAACGAUUGCUAGAGUCCAACAGUAUUAAGAAAGUGUUUCACGGCUGCGAAGACGAUAGCUAUGCACUGCACCGGGAUUUUGGUGUCGUUUUGAAUAACUUUAUCGAUACUCAAGCUGUUCACACUGUCAUCAGCAGCAGCACUGAGAUUAGCAAAGAUAUGGUAGUCAGUGGUGGUGGCGGCGGUAGUUGUGGCCAACAAUCGUCAUCGGAGGCAAUCGGUCUGAACGGACUGUUCGAACUGUACGGCGGCUACGGUUGCAAUCCGUUGAAAGCGGUGGUCAAAAAACGUUACGUCGGUAACAGUAACUACUGGUGUUCGCGUCCGCUAACCGAAGAGAUGAUCUAUUACGCCGCCUACGAUGUCUACGUAUUGUUAGGUAUUUAUCUGAAAAUGUUGUCAUAUAUGGCACAGAUUUCCGGACCGAACGAAAAAUAUUUAGAAGAACUGAACAGAAAGGCUGCGUUCAAUAGGAUUUGGUCGGAACAGCACCACAACCAUCAACAGCAACAUAAUCACCAUCAACGACGACAACAACAAGAACAACAACAAGAUAGCCAUUAUUAUAGCAAACCUACUACUGGUAGUCAUCAUCAGAAUAAUCAUUACAAUCAAUACCGAUCGCCGCCACAGCAACAGCAGCGAAGACAACCGUUUCAGCCGAGAAAACAAUACAACAAUAAUUAUAACUAUAACAACACUAGUAGUAGUAAUAGUAAUAGUAGUAAUCAUUACAAUAGUAGUAGUAAUUAUAAUAAUAAGUUUAAUAACAAGAGUACCGGUAGUUAUCAUCAUUACCAACAUAACGGAAGAGGAGGUUAUAAUAAUAAUAAUAAUAGUUAUGAUAAUAACUAUUAUAGUAAUAAUUAUAAUAACAACAAAAAUGAUGGCAAGUAUUAUCGUAGUAAAGAGGUCGACGACACCGCUGCCGGUCAAGUAGUGUCCACUGCGACGGCGGCCGAUAGCCGUUUGCCCAGAGGAGGUGCCAACACCACCACGACUACCGAUAUGUCGUCGUCUUCGUCAUCAUCAUCGCCUAGAAAUAACUACAUGUCCUCCACAACUACAAGCACUUCCUCGUCCACCGCCGUCGCUGGCGCCGCCAUCACACGCGGCGAUGAUAGUCGCAAAUCGUGGACACCGCGAUCUGAGUCCAACAACACUAGUCGUCGAUCGUAUGAUGAUAGCCAACAGCAACACAACAAUAGCCACCGGUCGGACACCAAUUGGCGAUCACUGCCUAAACAACAACAUCAUAAACAACAUUAUUAAACAAUACAUAUAUAUAUACU